AUUAGCUACGUCAUCGUGUCACGGGACAAACAACAUGGCCGCCUUCUUGAUGGAUUAUAUUUUUCCCUUACCGUGAGAAACCCUGAAACGCUGGAUUUUAAAGGAUGAAAUACAACUUUAUGUCAUUUUCUUAUUAGUUAACGCACACCGUCUCAUCUCUCUUCAGCAGGAACAAGCUCAAAAAGCUGUGUUUUAUAUUUAUUUGGGUAUCUCUGUGGUGUCAUUCACUUCCUGGUUAGCCUGUGAGGCUUAAAUCAUGGCUUCAGUGUUUGUCGUUGGGGAUAAAUUCAAUGACAAAGUGAAGGAGUUGUUAGAAAACUCAGACUCCUCUUUACCCCAAAGACUAAGAGAGGAGCUGGAGGAGACUCUGGAAAAGGAUGGACCUAAAACUCUGUCUUUUGGUACAGCAAGACAACUCAAGAAAUACCUGCAGGAUAAAGGACAUCCGUUCUACCUGCAUGAGCUGCUCGAGGACAGCUCGCUGCACCUGCCUGAGUUUGUGCAGCCUCCCAGAAACCCUGAGCUGGUCGCUCGUCUGGAGAGGAUAAAAGCCAAACUAGCCAAUGAAGAAUACAACCGAAUCACACGAAACGUCAACGCUCAGGAACUGAACCGCAGUGGAACAUUAGCAGAGAUUGGACUUCAAGUGCGAUCAGCCAAAGCAGUGGUGGUGACUGUAUUUAACUUCCUGAUCACAGUGGUGGCUGCGUUCUUCUGUUCGUACAUGGGGAGUCAGUACCUGUUCACAGACACCUCAGCGAGAGUGAUAUCAGCUGUGAUCGCUGCCUCGGUGGUCGGGCUUGCUGAGCUCUAUGUGCUGGUCCGGACCAUGGAGGGAGAACUUGGUGAACCGUAGCAGCUGUGCAAAAAGAGAGAAGGGAUACACGUAAAUCUUGGGACACUUGCCGCCUUCAGAGCAGAACUCUAAAAGCCUCAUUAAGCUCUCUGACUCAGAGAGGAUGUCUCUCUCUGCUGUGGAAACUCUGUGGACGUUAUUUUUGCUUCGAUAUGUGUGUGUGAGUGUGUGUGAGUGUGUGAGUUGCUGGAACUAUGAGUAAUAAAUAGUAAUAGAUGUUUGAAUAUAUGCUCUGUGUUAAUCUCAUUCCACCUGCCAUGACUCAGAUUAAAUCAACAUUUAUUAUUUA